UCUUAGAAGAGAAGUUUGUUGUUCCUUGAAACUUUCAGAAAGUCCACAUGUGGGAACAAGUCAGCCGCCUGAAUUAAAUCAUGUUGAAGGUUUCUUGAGUCGGUCGUCCAGUGUGAAACUUUUGUCCCUGUAGUGCAGAAAAGUGCCCUCGCUUUAACUCGCCCUUACAGAGGCAGGAAACUGGUUCUUAGUGUGAUGAUAUAUGCAGAUGGGCGGGCUGCAGUUCACAUGUAUCUCUGUGUGGUUGUCGGCAACAGAGACACUUCCUGCAGGUUUGACAGCUGUUGUGUUUCUGCCGAGCACAGCUUCUGUUUGUAUUGAAGGGAUCACUUCUGAAUCUGCUUAUUUUAUCUACGACGGUCAACAUGAAAGUAGCAGCCUUCAAUGUGAGGAACUUGGGACGUCAUAAAGUCACAGACAAAAUGGUUUCCCACUACCUCACUGAGAUUAUCUCUCAGUACAGCGUGAUUGUUAUCCUGGAGGUCGUAGAUAAAAGUGGCAAAGCCAUGGAGCUGUUGCUUAGGAAGCUCAAUUGUGCUGCUGACCAUGAGUAUGACAUGAUCUGCAGCUCCAGUCUGGGCAGAAACACCUACAAGGAGCAGUUUGUUUGUUUCUACAGAGCGGACGAAGUCAAGCUUACAGCUCAGUAUCAGUAUGAAGAUAAUCAGGUUGGAGAUGAAGAUGCCUUCGCCAGAGAGCCCUUCAUCCUGCGCUUCCGCUGCCCUUCCACAGUUAUAAAAGACCUGGUCCUGAUUCCGGUCCACACCAAGCCAGAUGACUCAGAAAAGGAACUUGAUGAGCUUUAUGAUGUGGUCAAAGCUGUCAGAAGGAAAUGGAAAACUGAUAAUAUUAUGAUACUGGGGGACUUCAACGCAGAUGGCAGGUAUCUUUCAAAGACGAAGAAGAAAUCAAUUCGCAUCUCCUCUGAUCCCUUCUAUUGGUUGAUUGAUGACGAUGUUGACACCACUACUAGCAAUUAUAAUGACAACACCUACGACAGGAUUGUGGUCUAUGGAGAAAAAAUGCUGGAUGCCAUCAUUCCCGACUCGGCAAAGUCUUUCAACUUUCAGGAGGAGUUCGGGCUCACGGAUGAAGAAGCUGAAGACAUCAGUGAUCAUUAUCCUGUGGAGGUGGAGCUCCAGACGGUCCCAGGAGCAGCAAAACAGAAGAAGGUGGCUGUGCCCCGAGCAAGAAAAACAACCACUAAAGGAAAAGCUCCAAAGAAAGGACCGCAGAAGAGGACCAUGCCGUCGGGAUCCAAGAAUAAAAAGUCACCAGCAAAGAAAAGAAAAGGACAGCAAGUCGCAUCCACAACGGCAACAAAAAAGAGACGUUGAGCUAAUAUAACUAAUCUUUACCUGAGGCAUAGUUUGAAGGCCUUCUACUAGUUUAUAUUUUCAUGUCUCAGUGUCUGGUAAAGCAAUCUAUUAAGCAAGAAAAUUAAUUCUUAGCUUAAUUAGAAAAUAUAGACAUCAAAUAAAAUGUUUUUAAAGAUGGACGUUUGAGUAAAUUUAUGUUCUACUUUUAUUUAAUCGCUUUAGCUCGAAGCAGUUUUUUUAAAGGUGUUAUUUUGGUCAUAAAGGUUCCCAUAGUCAUUAAUCCUAAUGACACUCUUUCCUAAUGUGAGAUAAACAUUAGGAAAUACAUUAUAAAUCACACAGACACAGUACAACUAUGACCUGUUACCUAUGACGUUUUUUUUUCUUUUUCUUUGCUGGAAAAUUCUUUGUUUUUUUUGUGUGUUUAACCUGUAAAAUUAAAAUAAAAUAUCAUGAUAAUAGGGAACUAAAUGAAUGGAUAGAUUAAUAAAGACUUUUUGCUCAGUCUUGUGUGGAAACCAGAAGAGAAAUGUGGAUUAAGAUGUCUGAAGGCUAUCCUUCUGAAUUUAAGAGUGCAUUAAGCACAAACUACAAAGCAAACCAGCAGCCAGCCGCUCCUAAUAAAUCUUUCAGCAGUGGUGACAAGAAACAAAAUGAAACAAAACAACCUAA